AAAUUAUUUGCAAUUUAGUUUAUUAUUUUAUUCUAAACAAGCAAACUACCAUGGUGGAGAAACACUCAUACUCAAUCGACUGUUUAGCCAGAUAGCAAAAUGGGGUGAUUCAGAAAGUGAUCUUGGUAGUUCCUAUCAAGCUAACUAUCAUUUUACCGACGCUCAAAUAGCCAGUAGUUGGUUUCCGAGUAAUACAUUUACUGCUAAACAAAAUGUUCAAUACAGGCCUCCGCCUAAGAAUGAUAACUCCGUGAGUGGUGUGGACAGAGCAAUGAAGUGGCUGUAUAUGGUCGGAUAGUAUUGGAGCUAGAUCGUUUAAUGAACGUGCAAAC